CUUGCUUAAAAUACUUCCAGUGUGUAGCUUCGCUUGAGCACUCCACCACCAUCGAAACCAAUUUUUUUACCAAAGUCAAUCGAUUUGUGACUGAACGUAAUGUUAGACCUUGAGUGCAAUUUCCCAAGUUAAGCAUACACAACUCAUCAUCGAUGAAUUAAUUGAUGUCUGUCUUGGUUACUUAGUACAUUGGCGGGGAGAAUAACGGGGAGCUUGAUAGGCCGCUGAUAUCCAUUCAGGGAUCCGUGCGCUAUCGGCAAUGAGGGGGAGAUUUUGAUUCAUCAAUCCAUUCUCCAGCAGCAGUCAAGUGGAUGCAAACGAAUAAAGCUCUCCAGCUCCCCAUCCUCACUUCAGCUUCCGAACCUUCAGGAAUUAUCCAGCUACCACCUGAGCGCCGAUAUUCCAACACCUGCCUUUAGUGCGACGAUCACUCCAUCUUCACGGCCAGCGGCUAGAGCGGCCGAGCCAGCCAUGGCUUCCGCACCGUCACUUAAGGAGCUCACCAAAGCCAUCAGCACCGCCAUACCCACAGCUAGCCUCCCCCUACCCGAUGAUCUCGUCGAGAUACUCGAAGGAUAUCUCCGUAAGCAUGAGAAGUUCGACGAAAGCAUUUCCGACAAGCUCAACGACGAGCUCCUCACAAUAUACCAAAAAGAGGUCGCGCACUUUCCUGCACGCUAUGUGGCUUUUCUCAACAUCAUUCGCCGCUUGCGGCCGCUGGUCGGGCAACCCGAGAAGAUCUUACGUUGGUGGGAUUUGUGUCUGCCAGUGUUCGCGCACCUGAACAAGGAGAAAGAUCUUGCCUCGGAGAGCCAGGCCGUCGUGCUCGACAUCCUUACGUCUGACGACACCAACGAAGCGGAGGGACCCAACAGCGGCUCUGGAAAGGCUUUGGCUGAAACCGUCUUGACCAUGUGGGUGCGAGAUUGCAAAGUUGCCGGAAGAGGCGAGGAUGCGCUGGAGAAUUUCAAGGAGAAACAGCUACGGGAAACGCUCAUCAUCUAUGGGAAGAAAAGGCCCAAGGACUUCAUGACCAUGCUGGAUAAGUGUAUGGUCAAGCAAGAGUGGCGGGUACGCGCUCUGUAUCUGAUGGCCGACUUCAUUCAGCACCAACCGCCGCAUCUUCACCAGGUUCUUCACACACCUCUGUUCGGAACAUUGAUCAAGUGUUUGCAGCUGGAUACCUCCACCACCAUCGUGUCUUUGGCCCUGACCGUACUGACCAUGGUGCUUCCGCACAUGCCGAGUUCACUCGUCCCGCAAUUGCCCACGCUGUUUAACAUAUACGCGCGGCUACUGUUCUGGGAACGAGAGCUAUCUGCAACCGAGUUUGGCCUCGAGACGGAGACGGAACGAAGACUGCCUUCUAACAGUGGUUCCUGGGAGAAGAGAGUGUAUUCUCCGGAAUUCGACGAUACUGCCAUCCCACAUCUACUGAACUACUUCACCAUUCUGUACGGGCUGUACCCCAUAAACUUUAUGGACUAUAUCCGGAAACCCCAGCGAUAUCUUCGUCAUGCCGAGGUGCCCAAUGCCGAUGAUAUCGAGAUACAACCAACGGAAAUACGGCACGCAUCUGAGCGCUUUCGACAGUGCCAUCUGCUGCAUGAGAACUUUUACACUCUGACCAUCGAAUCCGAGAGGACCGAUUUUGGCAGAUGGAUUAAAAGUGAACCGGCCGAGGUGGUUGCUGAUUGCAUGGCUCUGUGUCAACCCACAGAGCCUGCGCCCAUGCCUGGAGCCCCCAUUCUGUCCGUUAAAGACAAUACUGAUAGAGAUGGAUACGAAUCAGCGUUGCUGAGUAGUUCGUUUCCUGCUGGGCUAUCUCUCGUUGGGGCAAACCCGGGCGAGAACUGGCGCAACACGCAAUCCACGCCAUUCGACUCCACGCCAAGCAGUAGGGUCCAGUCAGCUCUUAUUCGUCAGUCGUCGCAGAGCAGUCGCCAGUCUCAUAGAGACUCUUCGAGUACCAGGCCAUCGAGAAAUGGCGGCGACAGUCCUACACUGCCCGCUCAACUGACCAGCUCCGGGUCUUACACUCACCUACAAGACAUGAUCAACUCGAACAAGGUGAUAAAAUCAGGGCUGCACCAGUCGCUAGCUAAUGACAGCGUUCCUUCGCUGGCCUUGAGUCACCACGACUCGACCUCCGAACGGCCCCCUUCCCACAUGCAACCGAUUAUGCCGCCAGCAAGUACCCCACUGUCGACCACUGAACACAGUGAGGAGCCCAACAUUCGCCAUCUUUACCGUCAGAUUCUUCUUCUCCAUAACGAUCUGACCUUCGAGCGGUUUAUGAAGCAGCAGCACCUGACGCAUAUGGGAGCACUGCGGAGGCGACAGGUCCGAGAGGCUGCCUCGGAGGCCGAGACGCAGAAUUUGAUCAUGGCAAACCGGCAUCUCAAGCAACGACUUGAGGAAGCCAAGAAGAACGAGACCCAGGUCAAGAAAGAUUCGGAGAAGAGCCGGACACUAGCAAAGAAGUGGGAAGCAGACCUCUCAGCUAAAUUGAGGGCGAUUCGCGACGAACAGAAGAAAUGGCUCAGCGAAGGCGACAGCCUUCGAAGGGACUUGGACGCAGCGAAAACGGAAGCCGAAAACCUUCGUCAGCUUGUAUGUGACGCUGAAGUGAAGGAACUUGGGUGGAAGCAAAGCAUGCAAGCUGUCGAGGCGAAUGCCAGCGAACUGGAGCGGUUGAGGAAGGAAGUGAAACGAUUGACAGUAAUUGAGCGGACGUUGCAAGCCAAGGAGACGGAACGUGAGGCUUCGAUGACUCGAGCAGCCGAGGCUGACAGCCGAUCUGAGAUGCUGAAGAUGAAGCUUGAAGCUCGAGAUGCGGAGCUUCGCCAGACUCACAAUCUAUAUCAAUCCCAGAUCGUUGUGCUCAAUGCGAAACUUCACGAUGCACUGAAGAACGGAGAGGAACAGCGAAAUUUUGAUGCAAUCAACCACCAGUUCGAGAGUACACUCGCCGCAAGCAGGGCGCAACAGGGCGAGUUGAGGAAGCGUAUCGCAGAGCUGACACGAAAGAACAAGGUCUUGAGCAAUACUGUGUCGGAACUACAACUGUCGAUAUUGAGCCGAUCAAAUUCGGACUCGCAUCCGCCAGCAUCGCCCAGCGGCGAACUUUCUUUGCAUUCUUCGGAUACGGGCAGCCUAUUGAGUUUUCGUAAUCGUUCGUAUAUUGGUCUAGCAGAAUCCGAGGGAUCGGAGGUAAUGUCGCACAACUCGACGCUACCGCUGGGGCAAUACAAUGCUGUGACACCUGUCAGUAGCCACCCGCAGCAGCGGCCGUCGACGCCCGAUGCCGAAACGUCGGGCUCCGCUAGCAAGGGCAGUCCUAAUACAGAUCGGUACCACGGAAGAGGUGAGCAACCAAUUCCGUAGCGCGUCCAAGAACUGCUGCUCACGACUCUCGCAGGGGGUGUACAAAAUACGAUUCGGAAGGAUAGGAAAGAGAAGAAAUCGGUUGGUAUCCGAGGUAUUCGCGGCUUCAUAUAAAGCGAAUUGGGUGUUGCGUCGAGAGGCUUAAGGGAACAAACCGCGGCAUCUCUGGGUGCCGGGUGUUGAGAACGAAGUGGCCAGGCAAGAUAUGCAAAAGAGCCAACCAGGUGCAAAACCGAGUACCAACAACCAUGUAGAACUAGGCGGCGGCCCACACUGAGCUCUCUCUGGGCUGUCAAACUCGACUCAAUUAAUUGAACAGGGUG